AUGUCGCUCGACAAGACAGCCGCCAUCCUGGUCGUCGGCGCCGGCACCUGGGGCUCGUCGACCGCGCUCCAUCUGGCGCGCCGGGGAUACAGCAACGUGACCGUGCUGGACGCGUAUCCCGUGCCGUCGGCCAUCUCAGCGGGCAACGACAUCUAUCAUCUCGGCGGGACAGCCCGAGGACUUUCGGCAGCUGGCGCCAUCAGUACUACGGGGGACUUUCCAGGCUGGAAGGGAUACUUCAUGCGUUCUGGCGCUGGCUGGGCGCACGCGCGCAAUGCCCUGGUUGCAGCGGCCAGAGAGGCUCAGCGGCUGGGCGUGCGGUUCGUCACCGGCGAUCCAGCAGGCAAGGUGGUCACGCUGAUCUUCGAGGACAACGACGUGAAGGGGGCCGUCACGGCCGACGGCAAGAUCUGGCGGGCAGAGAGGACGAUCCUGUGUGCCGGCGCCAAUUCGGACCAGUUCAUCGACUUCAAGCAGCAGCUGCGGCCGACUGCGUGGACGAUUGCCCACAUCGCCCUCGAGGAGGCUGAACGGGCGCUGUACAAGAACCUGCCGGUGAUCUUCCACAUCGAGAAGGGGUUCUUCUUCGAGCCGGACGACGAACGGGGCGAGAUCAAGAUCUGCGACGAGCAUCCGGGCUACACGAACAUGGUGCGACUGCCCGACGGCACGCUCGCCAGCCGGCCGUUCGCGAAGACGCAGGUGCCGGUGGACUCGGAGUGA